AUGAGCGAUACCAAGGCACCCGGGACCCAAAUCGUGGAUAUUCUCGGCAUAUAUUGGGAUGUCAUUGACAUCGUCGUGGACUAUGCGUUCCCACUUCUCUUAGAGACGUCAAUCUUUGCUUUUCACUCAGCCCUCACGAUGUACAUGGUGUACAAGCGAUGGAGAGAACGCAAGACGAUGCCCUUCGUGAACCCGCUACUACUCGCGACUCUCGCCAUGUUUGCCCUCUUCACUGCACAUUGGUCUAUCGACGCAUACCUUCUCAAGGCCCAUGCAAUACUGGUCUCUCACACCGUGGUGCUGGCCUUUGAUCCUCAAGCGAAGAUCCUUGGCCACGUCAAAGAAACGCAAGCAAAUGCGUCGUUCGCGCGCGAUAUCCUGGGGGUAGCCAUUCUCAUACUCGGCGACUGUAUCUCGCUUUGGCGAUCGUAUGUUGUGUCUGGUCGGCAAAGGUUGCUCUACAGAGUAUCAGUACUUCUCGGAGCGGCGGUCUUUUUGGCUUACGUGGCCAUCACCGUCUUCAUAUUCAUGACGGAACAUCACUAUUUGCUCUUCUACGGCCAGAUCAUCACCUGUGUACCAAACCUGUUUGCUACAAUCGUGAUCGGCUAUCAAGCAUGGGUCCACUGGAAAGACGUCAGACAGUUUGUACAACGAUCCAGCAUGUCGCACGGUCUCGUCGUACUCACCAUGGUCGUUGAAUCAGGCGUUGUGUAUGUGGUGACCGUAGCCUCUUAUAUCGCCAUAUUAGGAGCGACGCACAACACAGAAACGGUAGCCUAUUACCUGAUACCUUUGAUCGCUCUAUACCCAACAAUUGUCAUCGUUCUAGUAACGACACGAAGGACUGUCUUGGAACAGAGCAUCAGCUUCGCGUCCAGCAAGAAGAAAAGGAAGAAUGUGCGUUUCACGCAGCCCACUAGAGGUCACCCCCACAGCGCUGCAGACCGUUCGUCGUCGGAUGGAACAUCAAGCCAGGCAUCUGAGACCGCUGGAAUACUGGAAGAGACUCGCUCGCGUACAGAGAGCAGCGAUGGCUCAAGCAUCGAUCUAGGUCAUGCCAUGCUCCUUCCAUGA